AGUAAUCGAGCGCGGUUCAGUCGAGCAGCCACUGAGCAAACCAGGGAUAGGAAGAUGGCAUCCACCGAUCAACCUGAUCCACCAACACAGCCUGGCCUUCCACCUGGACAUGAUGCAGUGGCUCCCCCCAGAGAAGAACUGAUUACCACUGCUGUAAAAUUUCUGCAGAACCCAAAAGUACGCCAGAGUCCCUUGGCCACCAGAAAAGCAUUCUUGAAGAAAAAAGGGCUGACGGACGAGGAGGUAGAAUUGGCCAUCCAGCGCUCUGGCAGCACAGAAGAAGUCCUGCCUCUGAGCCCUGUGGGGCCCCCACAUCCACUCCAUGCAACUCAGCUGGUUCCUGCACCACACAGUCCAACAGGCUACAGAUGGAGAGACUACGGUGCCCUGACCAUCCUUAUGGUGGGCAUGGCCUUUGGCUUUCAUCAGCUUUACAAAAAAUACAUCCUUCCCCUCAUUAUGGGCAGCCGAGAGGACAAGAAGCAUCUGCAGAGGAUGGAGAGCAACAUUGCGGCAAUGAGUGGCACGCUGACACAGACAGUCAGCCAGCUGCAGCAGACCCUGGCCUCCGUGCAGGAGCUCCUGAUCCAGCAGCAACAGAGGAUCCAGGAGCUCUCUCAGGAACUGGCUGCAGCAGAGGCAUCGUCUUCAACCAGCCGCAUCCUGGACAACCAAACAGUUGGAGACCUGAAGGCUGAGAUCGUCUCUUUGAAGGGCUUACUGCUCAGCAGGAAACAAUUCCCUUCCACUCCCACUAUUCCUAAGAUCCCCUCGUGGCAGAUCCCCCUGAAGCCGCCUUCGGCACCAGGCUCACCCUCCAUCAUCCACACCAACAGCAGCAGUGACAUCUCCCCUGUCAGUAACGAGUCGGCCAACUCCUCUCCCGUCAAAGAUGGACACCACAGCCCCCAGGAUGCACUGGGAGGGCCCGAUGGAGCUCAUGGUAUCAAUGGAGAUGCCGGCCCUGUGGGCCUUGGCACAACACUGCCCAUGGACUUGAAGGACCAGGUCCGCAUGGAGGUGCAGGGGGAGGAGGAGAAAAAGGAGGAAGAGGAGGAUGAUGUCAGCCACGUAGAGGAGGAGGAGGAAGAGGAGGAGGAGGAUGGUCUAAGCAUGCAGACAGAGGAUCGACGAGGUGGGGAUGGACAGAUUAACGAACAGGUGGACAAACUGAGGCGGCCCGAGGGUGCCAGCAAUGAGAGCGAGGUGGAUUAGACAACACUAACAAGAAGAGUCCAUGAGUGAGAAGAAGGGAUAUCAGCUCUCGUGCCAUUUCCACCUGCAUCACAGGGCCGUCAUAGGAACACAGAGAAAGGUAGAGGGUCACUGCACAUUUCUGUGACACCGGUCCUAACCUGCAGAUUAUGUUUAGUUAUGCUGAUUGAAUUUAUGUUAAAAGUGUCGAAUGAUGUGACAAUAACACUGCAGUAUGCUGUAAAAUAUAUAUUUUCUGAUUUAUGUAAAAUGAAUUUGUAUGGAUGAAUAAGGUUGUUUAAAGAAGUACAGAAUCAAGAGGUGUAACUUAUGCUUCUUAGCCACUGUAGUUUCAGUGAUUGGUCCGCUCUGUAACCUGCUGAUUACUGUCAAAAGUGUAUAUAAGUGUAAUAAAUUUGUUUUUUUUGGCUCAAGUAGAAUCACUGUUAUAUUCAUUAUUAUAUAAACCACACACACAAAAUACUACUGUAUGCUACUGUUAAAGGAUAAAUAUAGUAUUAAUGGGAUGUCUGUUUCCAUGUAUAUUUUACAUUUCUUGAAUUCAGUUACUGAUUUACAUCAGUGCAAAGAGUUGAAGCUCAGCUAAAUACUAAACUUCUACUGAAGAACAGGGUGCUGACUCUAAAUCACAAGUGACUAAAAUGUACCUAAAUUACAUUAAAGAAAAGAAAUGCACAAACAAACAUUUAAAUUAGACAAAAGUUGGGGGUUUUGCAGUUUUUGUCUUUAUUUUUAAUCUCUCUGAGAUGUUUGUGCGAAUGUGGUUGUCUAUGUUCAGGUGCAGGAGGGUUUUCUGUCACAUUCAUAUCAAGGCAUUUUUGUUUUUGGCUAAAAUUUUGUUAAUAAUAAAAUCAAACUAUGGCAGAC